AAAAGCUCUGAGGUAUGAGGCUCCUCCCUGCAUGUGUGUGUGACAGCUGCUGUGUGUGUGUGUGUGUGUGUGUGUGUGUGUGAGCUCAGCUCAGUUAAGCUUCAUCUCUAAUAGGAUGAGCAGCCGCUCGCGCGUGUAGCUGAAUGCGCCGCUCAUUGUUCGCUCCGCCGUUUCUCUGCUGUUUCCGCGGAUCGAUCGAUCAGUGAUCGGGAUUUCUCAUGGAUCUAUCGAUGUGAAGAAGCUGUCGCACGCGGCUGGAGUUCAGAAGAGACCGAGCGCAGCGGCAGGACUCAAUCAUGCAGUCGCAGGCCUUGUUGCUGUAUUUCACGCUGCUGCAGACGGCCGGAGCCGCUUUCCCAGAAGACACCGAGCCAAUCAGUAUUUCACACAGCAACUACACCAAACAAUAUCCAGCGUUCGUGGGACACAAACCAGGACGAAACAACACGCAGCGGCACAAACUGGACGUCCAGCUGAUCGUCCUCAUGAACCGCACUCUCUAUGUGGCCGCCAGGGAUCACAUUUACACGGUGGACAUCGAGACGGCCGACACCGAGGAGAUCUUCUUCAGUAAGAAGCUGACGUGGAAGUCCAGACAGGCCGAUGUGGACACCUGCAGGAUGAAGGGAAAGCACAAGGACGAGUGCCAUAACUUCAUCAAGGUCCUGCUUCAGCAGAGCGACGACUCUCUGUUCGUCUGCGGAACCAACGCCUUCAACCCGUCCUGCCGGACCUACAAGAUGGACAGUCUGGAUGCGGUGGGAGAUGAGAUCAGCGGAAUGGCGCGCUGCCCGUAUGAUGCCAAACACGCCAACGUGGCCCUGUUUGCCGAUGGGAAGUUGUACUCGGCCACCGUCACAGACUUCCUGGCCAUCGAUGCGGUGAUCUAUCGCAGUCUGGGCGACAGUGCGACCCUCCGGACGGUCAAACACGACUCCAAAUGGCUGAAAGAGCCGUAUUUCGUGCAGGCCAUCGAUUACGGCGACUUCAUCUACUUCUUCUUUCGGGAAAUCGCCAUGGAGUACAACAGCAUGGGGAAGGUGGUGUUUCCACGAGUGGCUCGUGUGUGUAAGAACGACCGCGGCGGAUCUCAGCGAGUGCUGGAGAAACAGUGGACGUCCUUCCUGAAGACACGGCUCAACUGCUCCAUCCCUGGAGACUCACACUUCUACUUCAACAUCCUGCAGGCCGUCACCGACGUCCUCCACAUCAGCGGCCGAGACGUGGUCAUGGCCACCUUCUCCACGCCGUACAACAGUAUCCCGGGAUCGGCCGUCUGUGCGUACGACAUGGAGGAGAUCGCGGCGGCCUUCACCGGACGCUUCAAAGAGCAGAAGUCGCCCGAUUCCACCUGGACCCCCGUCCCAGAGGAGAAGGUGCCCAGACCCAGGCCAGGCGUCUGUGCUGGAGCUUCCUCUGGAGAGAAAUACAAAGUGUCCAACGAGUUCCCGGAUGAAACGCUGAACUUCAUCAAGCUUCACCCGCUGAUGGACGAAGCCGCUCCUUCCAUCGCCAAUCGGCCGUGGUUCCUCAAGACGAUGGUUCGAUAUCGUCUGACACGUAUAGCCGUGGAUAACGCCGCCGGCCCUCAUCGCAAUCACACCGUAGUUUUCCUGGGAUCGGAGCGAGGAAUCGUGCUGAAGUUCCUGGCCAAGAUGCGGAGCGGCUUCCUGAACGACAGCCUGUUUCUGGAGGAGCUGAGCGUCUACAACCCAGAGAAGUGCAGCAUUGAUGGCGUGGAGGACAAGCGCAUCAUCAGUAUGCAGAUCGACAGCAGGAGUCACUCUUUGUUUGUGGCCUUCACCUCAUGUGUGGUGAAAGUCCCGCUGUCCCGCUGUGAACGUCAUGGAAAGUGCAAAAAGUCCUGUAUCGCCUCCAGGGACCCGUACUGUGGCUGGGUGUCAGAGGGCGCCUGUAAAGAAAUCUCAUCGGACACAAAAUGGCCAUUCGAACAGGACGUGGAACAGGGCAACACAGAUGGACUCGGUGACUGCCAAAAUUCGUUCGUGGCUCUCAAUGCAGGACUCCUCACCACCGUCCCUCCUCUCUCCGCCGGGGGCCCUCUGCUCCGGGGUCGCAGGGUCAAGCCGAAAGAGUCCGAGCCGCGGGGCGAUCUGAGUGACCCGCAUGUGUCCACUCCCUCCGAGACGCAGCAGGAGAGCGCCGGAGUGAUCCGUGAGACGUACCACCGAGAUCGUGAUCAGAUGGUUCCCAUCACGCUCCUGGCCAUCGCCGUCAUCCUCGCCUUCGUCAUGGGCGCCAUCUUCUCCGGCGUCGUGGUGUACUGUGUGUGUGACCACCGGCGAAGGGACUUCGAGCUGCCCGGCCGCAAAGACAAGGACUCGGUCCAGUCCCGACGGGGAUCCAUGAACAGCGUCACCAAGCUGACGGGGCUGUUCGAGACGCAAGCCAAGGACGGACGACCGGAGGCCAUUCUGACCCCGCUCAUGCACAAUGGCCGCUUGGCCAACGGAAAGAUGCUUAUCAAAGCUGACCAGCACUUGGAUCUGACCGGUCUGCCCACGCCCGAAUCCACGCCCAUGCAGCCGCGCCGCAAACCCAGCCGAGGCAGCCGCGAAUGGGAACGCAACCAGAACCUGAUCAACGCCUGCACCAAAGACUUGUCCUCCAUGGGUUCUGUGGUCAUCCCCACGGACCUGCCGCUGCGGGCGUCUCCGGGUCACAUCCCCAGCGUGGUGGUGCUGCCUCUGCCCCAACACCAACAUGAGUAUGUAGAGCAACCGCACCGCGGAGAGCUCACCGAUGACCAGGCCGCCACGCUGGAAUACAAGUCCCUCAAGAGCCCGAGCUUGGCAGAUGGUGAGAGAGCGCCUCCAAGAGUCCCCCAGCGAGAGGCGUCUCUGGGAACCAUGGUUCCUCAGAUGGGCAAGAGGCUGGACAUGCAUUCGUCUGUGUACGGCCGCGGCUAUCCCAUGAGCUCGGGCCUCAAGAAACAGCACAACACCAACUCAUCCAACUCAUCCCACAUGUCCAGGAACCACAGUUUCCGUGUGGAGACGCCUCCUCCGCCCGCUCCGCAGCGCGUGGACUCCAUGCACAUCACCUCCCCGCCGCCGAUCCUCGGUCUGUCGCGCCAUCCCAGCCUGAGCUCGUACGGCUCUCUCUCCAGGCAUCUCAAGCCUGACGUUCCUCCUAAACCCAAUCUGGUGUCCCUUACCACAAAAGCCAAGUCUGGAGACUCCUGCACAUAAUCGAUUGCUGCGGGAUGAUGGGGAACGUGAAAGUGCGUCUGCUUUGUACAGCUGUGUACAGGAAAUGCAACUCACUUUUCUUUUGUUUGUUAUGUAUAUACAUGUCCAGCUCAGGCUGAUGCAUCUCUGUUCCCGGAAAGGAGGAACUCCGGCUGGGAAGGUGGCCGCAUUGUUGCCAAAAGCACACCGGAGACAGGCGCAGAAUUUAGAGAGACGCCGUGGUUAUCAAGCACUUGGAUGCACAGCGAGUUCAGCCGGGAAUAGAAGCUGGAGUUUACAAUGAAAACUGUGAAAAGCCGCCACCUGUCUCAGCGUUACUGUUACUGGACAAAGCAAUCGAGUUCUGCCUUCGCGCAAGAGUUCAACACGUCUACUGAAAAUGUUGACUAAAUAACAUGUGACUGUUAAUACUAAUAGCGGGUUGUAUUUAUUUUUUAAUAAAGUGCUUUUGCAGAGAGAACGUCUCUUUUAGGCUCGACUGAGACGGGAAUGAUCAUUUUAGUUUGAAUUAAUCUAUUUAAAGUCAUUAAACUGGAGCCAGUACUUCUGUCCACUAACUCUUCGGAAGUUGCUAAGCGAAGUCAGAGACGACUCCGGAAGCCUCCGUAUGGAAGGAAUAUUUCUCGAGCCGUGCCAGAGGGGCUUGUGGGUAGAGCUUACAGCCCAGACAGGAACUCCUGAAUCUCACCUCUUCAUAGAAAGUCCAUCCGAGUGCCAUUCUAGCCGCUCUUGAGACGCUUUCAGACGUACGGUUUCUUCUCGUUCAUGUCCAAACAAGUCUGUUUUUCUCCUUCCACCUGUAAAUUUGUGCCUUACACCCCUGAGUAGUGAAGCAUUUGUUAGCUGUUAACUGUUGUAGUUCUUAUGAUGACGUUUGUUUCCCUCGUUUGAUUAUACAAAAAGAAACAAAAAAAACACGUAAUUGAAGAAUGUAGGUGUUGUCGUUGUCGACUCUGGUCCCUUUGCUAACCACAAAUGGCUUUGUGCUUGAUUUCUGAUUGUGCCAAUGAUUCGUCAGAGUCGGCCCUCUCGUCGUGCUGGAAGAAUGUUUGCUUUUGUUUUCCCUUGUCUUUUUUUUACUUUUCACCAAGUCAAGAUGAUGUUUAACACUGUGUGUAGAUGACUUGUUGUGUAUCUGUGGAUCGGGCUGCUUCAAGGCAAUAAGAGAAAAACACACGAACCAAUCAGAUAUACGUUUCUCCCAAACACACACAAACUUUCUAAUGUAUACGAUCAAACACAGUUUUUAGGCAGUGAAUACAGGCUGGCUCCUGUGUAGAUAUGCACUCCGAUAAUAUUAGGAAACAGAUUAAUGUUUGUGACAGAUUCCGAUUAAUAUAAUUUUCUAGCUCUAUGGUUGUGAUGUAAUAUGAGGGAUUGUUAUUUAACUAUUUUGACACACGUUUUAUUGAACUUGACGUCCAGGAACUAGUUUUGGCUUUGUAGAUGUUGACUUCACCCGAUCCUCUGAAUCGAUCCGCUCCGGCCGAAGCGAACGGAGCUCGAGGUUUCCGAGCUGGUGCCUUUCUAGACUUUGGAAGUGCAGUUUGUUCUCUUGUAUGAUAUGGUUUCGUCACCGGCCCUCUCCCACAUCUGAUUCACGGCUAAAUGUAUGUUGUAAAGAAAUUCUCUUUAAUAAAUGGAAAAAAGUAAUAAAAACAUUUCAGAUUCUUGUCGCA